AUGGCAUCACGCGCACGGACUAUGCUUAAAGUUCUCUUUCUUGGUGAUACAGGAGCUGGGAAGACAUGCCUCUUGAAUCAAUAUGUUAGCAGAGAAUUUUCAUCUGACUAUAAAGUUACAAUUGGCUCAGAUUUUACAUCAAAACAAGUUGAAAUUGAUGGAAAAUUCGUCACCUUACAGAUUUGGGAUACAGCAGGACAAGAAAGAUUCCAAUCUCUUGGUUCAACAUUCUUUAGAGGAACAGAUUGCUUGAUUUUGGUUUAUGAUGUCACCAAUGCAAAAUCAUUUGAAAAUAUUAAUAAAUGGAAAAAUGAUUUUGUCAGACAACUAGAACUUAAACAAGAUUCAAACUUUCCAUUUUUACUGCUUGGAAACAAGUGCGAUAUUCAGAACAAAGUUGUUCAGGCUUCAGCAGCAAGAGAAUAUGCCCAAAUGAAUGGAAUGAUAUUCCAUGAAGUUUCUGCCAAAACUGCUGAAGGAGUACAAACAGCAUUUGAAGAGAUUGUAAGAAAAGCCCUUGAAAACACUCAUACUGAUGAAUUCGUUUUACCACAGUCAGUAAUCAAUAUUGAAAAGAAGCAAGAAGAAAAGAACAAAUCAUGUUGUUAG